AUGUCCACCUUGUACACAGCUCGGGAAACCCCUUCGCCUAUCAAGAUAGAGCCUUCUUCUGUGACGUCUUCGGCGCGGAAAAGAAAGAGAAGCGAGAUAGAUCAGAAGGAUUCGCCAGGUGUUGAAUCUCCCUCGAGAGGCUGGGAAGCUAUUGCGGGGGGAUUGGGUCGCGACGGCUGGACGUAUCACCUCGAGAUUGUACAAGAGCCCUUGAGGGCCAGAGCUUGUGGAUUCGGCAACAAGGCAAGUCGUAAGAGUCUGGAUCGUCGUCCACUGACCCCUCCGCCCAUCAUCCGAUUAUGGAUACGCACAGCAACGGGUGAAGUCGUUGAUCCCAAUGUCAUCAAUCCAACCACUCUUAUCCUCCAGAUGGACCUCGUCUCUGUGGACGGCCAAGAAGAGCGCAAUGUUGUAAAGCAUCCUAUAGGAAGCGCGUCUACCGCUACAAUUUCGAAACCUGUCGGCUCUUCUGCGGCGGUUAGCCAGCCGUGGAUGGGAACGUCGGAUAUGCCUGGGGUGAUCACGGGAUCCCCGCGACAGUCUUUAAGUGAACAUUCCGGAUACAGGCAAAGGUCUUGGGCGGAACCAUAUGCUUCCGACCUUGGGUUCCCUAGGUGGGCCGAGCCUACUCAAGCUUACGCCCCCUACCCCUAUGCGCCACCCCAUUCUGGAGAAUGGUCGCCAAACCCGCGCAGCUGGCAGGCGGCGAACGAAGGGCGUCGUCCUCGGCAGCUCCCCUCUCCUCGCCCGGCCACCGCCCAAACUCACGAACAAGCUCCGCCACUGUUGCCAAGCGCCUCACACAGGCACUCGGCGGGCCAGACUCUGCCCCCGCUCUCAUACAUCACUGAGAGCCCCAGGGGAUCGACGCACAACGCCAGUCUCCCAUCCAUCUACUCUCAAUACGCCUCCUACUCUCGUCCUACAUCGAGUCGUUCUUCUUGGGAUCGCGCGCAUACAUCUCAAUCUCCUGGCGAGUUUGCGUCGGCACCCGCAGACUAUACCAUGGCGAGGCCAAGUACGGCAAGCUCCAUCAGCAGCUUCUACCACCCGGACGCGGCGUACAGGGACCGGGCUCAUACGGGUCCAUGGCCCGAUGACACUCGGCCUCCGUCAAUGUCUUACACAAGCGACCACAGGCCUUCAGCGUCUUCGUUGGACGAUUCCAUCGUAUCACCGCGAUCUGUGUCUCGGCACCGAUUCUCCAGCUCUAGCGAGUACAGCUCAUACAGCCCACAGGCGUACUCGCACACGUUUGAUCCUGUGAGAGGAAUAUACCCGUCCGGCUCUUUUAGUGCGGACCAUUAUCUGACGCAGCCCAACUCCAUCUCGACUCUUGUACUUGUGGGUAAGCGACAUACGCCCUGCAACAAGCUUCAGGAUGAGCAUGGGCAGUUGGGUUUGUUCUUUUUCGCGACAGACUUGGGAGUGAGGACCGAGGGGAAAUUCAGGUUGCGGAUGAAGGUCAUGGAUCUGGCUUUGUUUUCGCCUGUGCCCAUACAAGGGGAACACAUUCCCAUACUGGCCGACACAUUCAGCGAACCCAUCGAGGUCUUCUCCGCCAAGCGUUUCCCUGGCGUGAUACCUACCACCGACCUGACCCGAGUAUUUGCUUCGCAGGGGAUCAAGUUGGCUGUGCGUGAAAACCACAAAAAAGGCGGGCGCAAGAAGAAGGGAAAGGGAGACGAUGGAGAUGGGGAUGAUGACAAUGAGGACGAGGAGGAUGAUCAGUGA